CAUAACGGCUUCAGUCAGUCUAUAUAUAGAACCCCCUCAGUCUCUCUCUCUCUCCCCGUCGCUCUUCCCCCCCCCCCCUCUCUCUCUCUCUCUCUCUGAAAUUUAAAUGGUUGCGUGAAGAAGAAGCUUGGGAUAUUGGUGCUUUUCUUGAGUUUGCUCGCUUGUCGGAAUUAAUGGGGAAGAGAGAUCAGCAGAAGGAGAGAGAGAAGGUGUUGGCGGUGCUCGAGCUUCUCAGAAAACAAGCUCCUCUCACUGUAAAACAGGAGAAAUUCUGCAACAGCGCUUGUGUGGAGAGGUUCCUGAAAGCGAAGGGGGAUAGCGUGAAGAAGGCUGCGAGGCAAUUGAGAGCCUGCCUUUCUUGGAGAGAGAGCAUUGGCACAGAGAAUUUGAUAGCUGACGAGUUCUCUGCUGAGCUUGCCGAAGGCGUCGCUUAUGUAGCGGGUCAUGAUGAGGAAUCCAGACCUGUGAUGAUUUUCCGGAUCAAGCAAGAUUACCAGAAGUUCCAUUCACAGAAGCUGUUUACUCGUUUGCUGGUUUUCACACUAGAAGUCGCCAUUGGAACCAUGCCUAGAAAUGUCGAACAGUUCGUUCUCCUCUUCGAUGCAAGCUUUUUCAGAUCUGCGUCAGCGUUUAUGAAUUUAUUGCUGGCAGCUUUGAAGAUUGUGGCGGAGUACUACCCUGGGCGGCUUUACAAAGCCUUCAUAAUCGAUCCACCCUCACUCUUUUCCUAUAUCUGGAAGGGUGUUCGUCCAUUCCUGGAGCUUUCAGUGGCGACCAUGGUCGUCUCCUCCCUCGACUUCGAAGACACGCUGGAAUUCAACGACUUCUACACCCACCCCCGAGCCUCCUCCCUACGAUUCAACCCUUCCUCCGUCCCAUCAACGGCCAAGAUCGGAUCAUGCUCCUCCUCCCGCUUCACCUUCACUGUUUCCCACCACUUUGACUCCCUCAAGCCCUGGUACCUCAGUUUCACCGACACGUCAUCCUCCAAGGUGGGACCCACCAGCCCCUCUCCUUCCCUCCUGGGCCCCGCCCUCAUCUCCCCCCUCAACGCACGGUCCCUCUCUUUCGCAUCGCCGGCCGCCAGAGCACCCCCCGGCGGCAGGCCCGCCGCGAAGAAAGCCCUCUUUGCGUCGACCCCGCUGCCCGAGAGGACCCAACCGAGAACGCCGCGACCGUCGUUCCUCCAGUCGCCGGCCGUGUUCUUCCGGAGGGAGUGCAACGUCAGCAGGACGGAGAGGUCCCGUGAGGCGUUCCUGCCGUUUUUGAAAUUCUACAGGAGGCCGUACAACGAGAUGACCUACAGGUCAAAGAUGAGGGCCCCGCUCGGUGGUCUCGUCUCCAUCGUCUCUUCCCAGCUCUCCCGUCGCCACGUGUCGCUAUCUCAGCGGUUUUGAUCGAAACGCAGUACAUAUAUAUAUAUAUAUAUAUAUAUAUAUCACGAUUAAAUCACUACAAAUAAUGGAUAUAAUAAAUAUAAUAUUUAUCUUUCCUGUUCAAAUUUGAAAACAA